UAAGCAGUCCCUAUGAAGACGAACCCUUACAAGAGGUCUACACUCGAUUUAGUCGGCAACAAUACGAAAGGAGAAGAGAAACCUUUGAAGACUGGUAUCCUCAUCGUAUUCAACGAGCUCAAGCUAAACUCGCCCAAGGUCAACCUCUCACCCGGCAAGAGAAAGAACUCUUAGGCUUAAUUAAGAAAAGACCCGGAGCUUAUAAGAGUGAAUUAGGUCGAGCCAUGACCCCUGCCGAAAGACAACGAGCUCGGCGAGCUAAAUUAAAAGGUCUUUAG